GGUAGAGACACGAUAUAAAACUGGAAAGACGCAUCUGUAUGUAGGUCGCGUCUUGUUACGCCGACAGGCUACGUGAAUAUUUUAAGACUGCUGCAAUUCAGGUGAAACGAAACUAGGCAAGAAUGAUCAAGGGAGGCUACUCUCAUCACACGCAAGAGUUACAUAAUUCGGCGGGAAUUACAAUGUUUUGUAGUUUGAAAAGUUUCUUAUUUCAAAGAACUCGAAGAUUCUAUGUAGACAAUAUUAUUAUAGAUUUAAUUUGAAAAUAACUUAAUUUGAUUUAGUUUCUAGCUGCUCUAAGAAAAAAAAAAUUGAAACUUCUUUGCGACAUUCACAUUUUACCCUUCCGCAAUGAGCCAGCAAAAGAUUCAGAAAAUUCUAAACAGUAUGAAGAAGAAUAUGGACUGUCCAAUUUGUUUGGAUUUAAUGACCAACCCAGUUUCUACAACAUGUAAUCAUCACUUCUGCAAAUUUUGCAUCAAUGAAUUUAUUCACAAGAAAAGAAAAGUACCUUGUCCAAUGUGUAAUGUUGCUUUAACAAAGAGAAGUUUUCAAGAAAAUGGUAAACUGAAAAACAUCAUUGAGAAACUGAAGAAUCUGAUGUCUGCUGUGGCAAAAGAUACACAUACACUUACAAAAUGCAGAGAAGACACAUCAUUACCAAAUCGUUCUUUAGUUGUUAAGAAAGGAAUCAAACGCAAAGUACAUUUUAAUCACAAAUCAGAGGUGCGAGAUGUUACAAAAAUAGAAAAUACACAGUUGAAUGGUGAAAAAUUAGCUAAAGUAAAAGGUCAUGAAUUAUAUAAGAGUCUGAAAAAUUACAGUAGAGAAAAUGAUAUUCAUAAAAAUAGAAAGAGAAUACUUGAGUGGCUUCAACAGCUUCCUCUUUUUUUUAAUGAUUGGAAUGAAGAUAACUUUGCAGUAGAAAAUAGUAACUGUAAGGAGUUUCAACCAGCUGACAAUAAUAUGAAGAGGAUGCCAACACAGUGUAUUUCUAAUUUUCCUCUAAAAGAAAAUGUUUGUGCUCAUUAUGAUCUCAUUUCUGUAUCAGAGCCUUAUUCAAUUCAUUCUGAAGUUGUCAACAGUGACUGCAUUUACUCAAAAAAAUGCUUGAGGAAAGAACAAAAUACUUUUCUUUCUGCAACAGCAUCAAAGUCCAUACGCGAUGUUACCAAAAGAACAUUGAAUCCAAAAAAACAAUCAACUUCUUAUGAAAGACUUCAACAGCAAAUAUUAAAAAGUAUUGAAAAAUUUAAAAAGUUCAGAGCAAAAAGAGAAAGAAAUGUUUCCUCAAGUGUAAACAUAACUCCAAAGAAUUAUGUUAUUGACUUAACUUCUCUUAAGUCAGUCCCUCUUCAGCAUGCAUACACUACUGAUGCAUUUAGUAAAAAAAGAAAAAGCAACAAAAUACUUGGAACUGAAAAAUUCUUAAUGAAUUUGAGUGAGGAUAAAAGUAAAAAUCAGGAGAAUAAAUCCAAAGUUUGGGAAGAUUCAAAACUGCCAUACAUUGAGAGUAUACAAACAACAAGCAAGCAGAAUCUGUAUAAAAUGAAAAAGAAAGAUGAGAAAAAAGAUGGUACAGAUGGUCUCAAGAGCUGUUCAGGUAUUAAAGAAUGUGAACCUGCUGAUUUAGAAAUACAAUCUGAAGAUGUAAGUAAGCCUUCUAGUUUCUUACACGCAUCUGAUAGAAAGGAUUCUGGCUCUGAUUUAUCACCAUCAAAUAGAUUAGCUUCUGAAACAAGUUGUUGCUCUUCAAUAAAAAGUGCAUCUCAAUUCAAAGAUGAUUCUUUAAUGUCUUCUGCUGUUGAUAUGUUAAUUUCUGAUAAACUUGAUAAAGUAAAUGAUAGUACAUUUCAUAAGGAUACUGAUAAAUAUUCAAAACCACUUCAUAAUUCAAUGAAGGAAUUAACAGAAACAGGAAAUUCUUCAAUUGUUGAUGACUCAAUUUUACCUUGUAAUUUGUCAAAUUUAUCAGCAUCAAAUAAACAAAUAAGUACUGAAGAAGUUUACAAUGAUGCUGCCAAAGAAAUUAUUUCAUCUAAACAGGCUUUGAAGAUGCCAAACAAAACUAGUAAAUCACAGGCAGUAUCAAAUGAUAGCAAAUCUCCCUCAAAUUUCUUGUUAAUCCCAGAUUUUAAACUUGUGGAUUAUACUCUCACCCAGAGCUCAGUAAUGUCAGAAGACAAUAUAAAGCUUAAUUCUUGUAUUGGUCAACCUCAGAUUAAGGAAAGUAUUUCAUCCCAAGAUCUUGAAAGAAAUAAUGAAAAGCAGUUAAAUACUGGAAAAAAUAUAGAAGAUGAUUCUGUCUCUCUACCUUCAAAUCACUCUUUGUGUGUGCGAGAAACUUGUAAAGAAAAUGUUGGAGAUAUUAGUCAAAAUAUGCUUUUAGAAGGAACUUUUCACGAUAAAAUUAUCAGACAAUUCAAUUGUAAAUCAGAUGAAAAUCUGAAGAAUUCUAAUUCUCUUUCCACUGACUCUUCUCCAUUAUUCAGUAGUAACUCUAAAGUUGACAAUAAAGAAAUAUAUGAAAAUCCAGAGUCUUUGCAAGAUGUUGUUCUCAUGUAUGAUAAAGAAUUAACUCCUCCCCUCAUAAUGAACAGUUCUCAAGACAAGAAUUGUAAAAUCAUUGUAUCUGAGUUUGAUCCUGAAGCAAAAUCCACCAUUCCAAAAACUAUUUCAGAAAAAACAUCUGAUUUAGAAUCGCAAGGAUCCUUACCUUCAAUGCAACCUUGUAAAAUUGAAUCAAUUGAAUGUCAGCCGUCUUCAUGUAGUGAGAUUCCUUGUAGUGUAGAUGUUGAAAACAAUUAUGUAAAUAUAUUGCCAGAACUACAGAAACUGUAUCAGAAUGAAACACCUAAGGCUGAGAGAAAAGAAACACCAGAAGAAAAUGUUGUAUUUAAUAAUGAAUCAUGUUCAAAGAACCUACCUGUUCAAUCAAAAUACCAAAAGGAUAUACCUCAAAAGGAUCAAUCUACUACAACUCCUAAAACAAUGAUGUUUACUACUGACUGUUCUACAUUAGAUUCACAGAUUGUUAAACCAACUAGAGCAUCAAAAAGGAAAUGUUUUUCUCUUGAUGGAAGAAGCUUAAAAUCAGUUGUCUCUGAUAAAGUUUUCAGCUGUCAAUCUGAAAUAUAUAGCAGUUCAAAAAAAGAUAAUUUAGUUGAUUCUUUUAGGAGCAAAGCAAAAUCUAAAGGCAAUUGUAUAUUUUUAGGUAGUAGUAGUAGUCAGCCAGUUGAAGAAAAGGAAAAACAAAUACUAGAAAAUUUGUCUGACCAUGUCAUAUCUUUGCAAGGAAAGUCCUCACCUUUGAAGGUUCAAAAAUGUCCAAGGAAGAGAAGAAAAUCUAAUGAAGAAAACUAUUUUGAAAUAAAAUGUGAUGAUUUGAAAAAUUCGGCAUCCAUUGGCAAUCAGUCACAAGAAAGGGUUAUCCCCAAUGAAAUUACUGAAGAAAAGUCUGUUGACUCCUCAAAUGUUAGGGACAGUUACAAUGAUUCCUUAACACAAGCACCUUCGUGUGACAGAGAAUCAUUAGAAUUUCUAACUGAUAAAACAAUUUCACCAAUGCCACUUUCUCCUACACCUUCUAGUAUAACCACAGAUGUCGUAAGUGAGCCAAUUGUCACUAGUUGGACACACGGUGCAGUUCCUCUAGAUAGUGAUGGGAUGAAUAACUUAAAAAGGAACACUUCAACCGAAAGCAAAGAAAUACAAAUAUUUCAAGAUAUCGAUAUUGAAAACAGUAAUCCAUUGUUACCAGUUGAUAAUGGAAUUGAAAUUGAGCAGUCUGGAAGAAUACAGAAUUUUAGUUUAAAUUUAGAAAAUUCAAAUAGUGUUGCAAAUAUUUCUCAAGAGUCACAAGAACCAAAAGCUAAGCAAACUCUAAUCACGGUGAGAAAGGACUCUACAAAGAUUCAUUCAGAAAUGAGUCAAACAACAGCUAAUGAGCCAAAAGAAGGCAUAAGCACAAUAAAAUUUCAACAUAUAGAUACAUUAAAAACCUCACACAGCAUUGAAAUGGAAUCACAGGGAAAUCUGUCAGGAGUUCAAAAAGAAGGUGGUUUACAAGUUGAAACAAUUAAACAUGGAAAUACUGCUGUUGAUAUAUCAUCACAACUUGAUGUACCAAAUGAUGUAAAUCUUUCUUUCCAGAUGAAUGCAUCCCAAGAUCCUUGUGAUUCAAGUAAUACUACAGAAGUUACUAGACGUAUUAAAUUAUCAAAUGAAAAAACUGAAUUACAAAAAGAUACUAACAGCUUUGAUAACGAAAGAACACAAUCAUCAAAACAAGCUAAUGCAAAUAAAAUUUCCAGUACACAAGAGGAAUGCAUCUCUGAUUCUGAGAAAAUUGACGACCUAGACUUGUUUAGAAAAGAUAAAGAAAAAUUUGAGGGAAUUGACAAUGAGAUUGGAACUGAUAAAAGAAGUAAACGCUUGGUUAUAUCUGAAUCUGAAGCUGAACAAAGUGAUGAAGGAGAGUCCCUAAACACAUCUAAUAAAAAUACUCGAGGUUCAGAAAAUGUAGGAUCUCAGACUGAAAAAUACACCACACAGUUUUGUACCUACCUGGAAAAUGAUUUGGUUGAAAUGAAAAGACAAAUUGCAUUACUGGAAGCUAAAUUAGGUAUGGAUGACUCAACUAUUAAUGAAGAUACCGACUGUAGAGAUGAGUUAAAACUUACACCAUGUCCAGAAGCAGAGAUUCCAACGCCAGAUGGUAACUUGAUAAAAACCAUGGAUUGUGAUAAUAAAUACAUGAGACUGAGCAGUGAUGAAGAUGUCAUUCCAGAUUCUUUUCCAGAAGAACCUACAACUGACGUUGAAAAAUGUCUGACAUUUGAUGACAGUAAAAAGUCAGCAACAGAAGACAGUGAGGAAUUAUUUUUCUCUCCCUCAUUUCAAGGAUCUUCAUCUGCAGCUUGCUAUCCCAAGGUCCAGAAUAGAAAGAAAAGAAGCCAGCAUGAUAAUAGGAAUCGCUCGCGAAAUAAAGUUAAAUGCAAAAAAAAUGUACCCAUUAUUGAAAGUGAUGAAUCUGAUACUUCAGUUGUUUUAGCUGAUGAGGACGGAAAUGGUUCAGUUGACAAGGAAGAAGUCAUUCCAUCAGACAUUACUGGCAAACAAUUACCUGAGAACAAAUCCCAUAAACAUUUGAAUAAAAGUAAAAACAGUAUCAAAUGUGAACCUUCUCACAAUUCAUCAAAUCCAUUUAAGUCUUUUGUUAAUAUUGACUUUGAUCAGAAAGAAGAGGAAGUGCAGUUUGACAUGCAGUCAACUAACAGACUUAAGCAGAUAAAAUAUCUUGUUGCUACAGGCUUGUCAAAUGUUGAUGUGCAUAAACUCAAACAGUUUUGUGAUAAAGUUGGGUAUAAGUUUUCUUCGCAAUUUUCGUCAGAAGUAACGCAUGUUAUAGUAAAGACAGUAUCUCCACAGGUGCGUUACUGUGAUCGUACACUGAAAUAUUUUCAGGGAAUUGCCCAUAAAUGUUGGGUUGUAUCUUUCCAAUGGAUAGAGCAAUCUAUGAAGAGUGAGAUACCAUUAAAAGAGGCUAAUUUUGAAAUCACUGGUGAUACUGUUAAUGGUAAACAUCACAGAGGGCCAACACGAUCACGUCUAUCAAAUACAAAUCUUUUAACAUCCUAUCAAAUUUAUUUUACUGGGGAAACCUCUGAACUACCAUUAGAGGUCUUAGAAAAUUUGGUAAAAACUCUUGGUGGAAAAUUGGUGACUAAUUCUAACUGUUUUGAUCUGAAGUCUAAAAAAACUUGUUUAAUUAUAUCAUCUGGUAAUCAGGAGUCUCAUAAGUUAGCAAAAAAUGUUCAUAAAAAGAAAGGUGUGUUACUGUUAUCCCGCGAGUGGCUUUUAGACUCUUUGGCAAUGUAUGAAAUACAGUCUUUGGAUGGUUACAUUUUAUUAUGAUAUUGGAUUUAAGGGUAUUUAUUUAAUUUUUUCUUACUGACAAAACCAUUAAGAUUACCUUUAUUAGUCAGUAAAAGAAAAAUUCUUCAAAAGCUUUGU